AUGGCUGGCCGCGUUUGGGCCCUUCGAGACUUCCUCUCAGUGCCCAUGCGCGAAGACAUUAACGAUCAGAUGCUCGUCACAGAGAUCAUGCUGCACCAAAAGCCCGAGUUGGCCACCUUGGACUACCAGAGCGAGCUCUUCCAGAAUGUUUUCGGUAUCGAGGGCAUCCUGGAAGGCCCGUGGACGGAGGAGCACCUUCAGCCGAGGGGGUCUGUGGUCUUCAUGGAGGACGGCGACCGCCGUUGGAUCGAAAACAGGCUGACAAAGUCACAGCCCGUGAUCCUGCACUUUCCCGGACCAGGCAAGUUUGGCAAAGUAACGACUUGUCUGGAAAGCUCUCAACUGGAGUGCCAUCGAUCGCUACCAUUUGAAGUAGUGCGGCUUUUCCUGCCGAAGGCCUACGAGGGCUGGCAACUGCACACCCUGCAGAGAAGUUUCGACGACGUGGGCACCAUGUGGCUCUGGCGAUGGACCCGAGAUGAUUUCAUCCAUGUGCAGAAAAUCUACGAGCUUGUGGACAAGAUGAGGGCGCGUGAGCACACGAUAG